AACUCCGCUUCUGGUCCAUUAUCAAGGAAAAAACCGAAAACUCAUAAUGAAAACAUUACUUUGCAAUUUUCGGGACCUUUAUUCUCCGAAGCACGACACUCCAUGACUGAUUAAACCGUAAAAAUCUUAUACCUUACAGGAUAUUAAGUGUAAUUGUUAGAAGAAGGCCGAAAUUACAAUGACCCAGUAUAAAAGCUGAAAAACCAAAUUUUACUUUGGUAUUUCGAAAUCGAUCUUCGCUGAAUGUUGAUCCCCUCUUGGUUUCAGUAGCAGUGCCGAAGAUGAGCCGGUUACCAAUUCGCUUUUUGCUGUUGCAUAUCUGCUGGUUCGCUAUUGUUCAUUCUAGUGGUGUUUUAAUUAAGUCUGGUGUAGUGAAAAAUCAGGGAGAAGCGCAAAACGAAAAUGUGGAAGAUGUUAAGUUUCAAAAAGGAAUCGCGAACUUCGAAGAAGAGGAAGGAUUUAAUAAAGAUGAUGAGAAAAAGUCGGUUGUAGCACAAGAUUCAGGAAGAUUUGGGGAACAAUCAGCAAAUAAAAAGGCCCACGUGGACGCAAACAAUUUCCAAAAAGAAAACUUCCACCAAAAUGCUGGAGAUCAGAGAGGUAAUGUAGAUACCAAAGUUGCUCACCACAAAGGACACCACAAAUCCGGAUUCACCAAUAGCUACCAUAAGGACGAAACUGGGAGCAACUCCAGUUAUUUUGAUGAUGGAUCUGAUGAUGCGGGACAGAUUGAACACAAGAAUUACAGAGAAACCUAUGGCGAUGCCGGUCAACACAAGCAAGGAGGAGGAAAAUACGACAGUGCGGAAUUUGCCAAUGACCAAGCACGACGAGGUCAAUAUGAUAAUAAUGGCCGUUACGAAAAGGACUACGGAAACCAGAGAAACUACAACCGAAACAACUAUUACGAUGGCAAGGAGAAUCUGGCUAGACGAAACUUGGGAAAUUCUUAUGAAGGAGGGGCCAGAUUCGCCGAACAGCAGUAUGCCCAUGGACCUGCAUACUAUCCAGCCCCAUUGCCAUAUAGACGUCCUCUUCCUCCACCACCACCACCACUACCACAGGAUCAUCACAUCACUAUCUAUGAGGACCCCAGAUAUGUGCGAUCCGACCCUCGCUACAGAAGGUCUGAUGACUACAUUGAUGAUGUCAAUCUGGAAAUCCGAAAUCCUUUGGAUAGAGAUCGGUUUGAUCACUAUUACAACAAUCCUAGCAAGGACUAUGUUUACUAUGAUUAACUUUUCAGACUCUUGUGAUUUAUUUAUUUUAAUUUUAAGAUAAUUUUAGGCUUUUGCGAAGUGUGGUGGAAAAGUACUUAAUUUUUCUGUGUAUAAAGCGUAUGUAGAUUAUGUCCGUUCAUAACAACAUUGAGUAACAAUAGUGUGUUUUUCGAUUUACUGCUAUGCAACGUUUUGGAUGUACCAAAUACUAACAUAACAUUGAAACAUUGAAAAUAAACGUGUCGUUUGAAUGCGAUUUUGCGAAAAACAAACUUAAAAUGUAACAUUUAAAAAAAGAGUUUGAAACACGAUGUUCUUAUUAAUUAACCGUGCCGGUUUCUACAACGUUUUGUUCCAAUUAUGAAUGAAUGCAUUGAGAUACGUUUCGUAUCAAAUACGUUUAAUCAAGCUUGAUGAUUUUUAUCAAUAUUUUAAGGGUAUUUUUUGAAUGAAAAAACUAGAGAAACAUUUGAAAAAAGCUUGUCAAGUGGAUCGAUUUUUGGAAAGGCAACAAAAAUCGUUAAUUUUGUACUUCACUUGGUUUUUUCAACAUCGCUCUUCACAUGCAUAAUUGCAUUUUAAAUGUGAUUGAUUAACUGCAUUUUCGUUAACAGCUUUUGCUUAAAUUUUGUUUUUUUAACUAUAAGCUAUAGGGAAAAUUUCGUUGAUCGACUUAUAUUUUUUAUCGAUAUUUAUUUCUUAUUCUCUGACUUGUAAAAACCCUUCAUACCUGACAUAAAGCAUUAUGGUUUACAAUUUAAUAAAUAUUGAAUUAUUGAAUUGA